AUGAGGUACGGUUUUUUCUUGGGAUUCCUAGCGGUCGGGAUAUUAGCCCUCAAAAAGCCAGAAAAGGAUGAAUUCUACAAGCCGCCUCGAGGGUUUCAAGAUCGGCCGCUUGGCGACAUUUUGAAAAGCAGACAAACCCCGGGGCCAAUUCAGUCGUAUUUGGCGACAAUCGACGCUAUAACGUGGCAAUUGCUCAUCCGCUCCGAGGACUCCUUUGGCAAGCCCAAUGCCAUCGUGGCUACUCUUUUGGAACCGCGAGAUGCCGACCCAACAAAAGUUCUAUCCUACCAACCGUUCCAGAACUCAGCACUCAUCACGUGUUGUCCCUCUUACGCCAUGCUUGUGCCGUCGUUUGACACACUUCACAUGCAGGUUGAAUUGUCCUUUAUAGCCAUGGCCCUCUUUAUGAAAUGGUAUGUGGUCAUUCCAGAUUACCAAGGUCCCAAGCUGGCGUUCCCAGUCGCCAACCAGUCCGCUUUUGCAGUCUUGAAUGUCAUGAGAGGCGUGCAAACUUUCCUUAAUCAAAGCACCCUGUUUGCCAUGUUUGGGUACUCGGGUGGCGCGUUUGCAUCAGCAUGGGCCUCGAUCAAACACCCGAAAUAUGCCCCGGAAUUGAACAUUGUGGGCGCUGCUGUCGGUGGAUUGGUGUCCAACAUUAGUGCGUUGGUAGAAUGCGUCGACGGAGGCCCCUAUGCCGGCUUGGUGUUGAGUGUAUUGAACGGGUGCAGCAAUGAGUACCCCGAAUUUCGACUAGCGCUUCGAAAAUACGGCAUGUUUUUGAAAAACUAUUGCCUCAUGUCUGCCGCCGCUCAUUAUUUCGGCACAAGUUUCAAUAGAGACAUAUACCGCAACUUUCUGCGUGAUGCGGUGAUUACAUCCAUUUUCAAAAAAAACAGUCUCAUGGGAGAUGGCAAGCCCGUGCCCAAGAUGCCGAUAUUUAUUUACCAUUCUGCAAUUAAUGAAAUGAUCCCAGCAGCGGAAAUUAGAAAAGUUUUUGAUUAUUGGUGCGCCAACGGAGUCAUAGUGGAGUUUGCAGAGGACGAGAGCUAUAACCAUAUCGUUGAGGCAUUUGCGGGUGUGCCUGCGUCAAUGAUGUGGCUCAAAAAGAGGUUCGAUGGAGUCAAGAGCAAAGGCAAAUGUAUCUACACCUGGAGACCUUCCAAUUUUCUAUACCCAGGGACGCGCCGUUUCAUCAAGAGUAAGCUAAAACGAUCACUAGAGAUAUUUCUUUCGAAAUUGAACGUGUUUGAGUCUUUUACGACUUUCACGGAUACCAUAGUUACUGAAUAA